AUCGCGCUUGCGCAAUAGGUCAUAGUACUGUGUACUAGCUAGAAGCCUUGAGAAUGCCAACUUCGUUUCGUGGCAAUGCGGCUACCUUCUUUCUGCUAAUGGUUUCGCGGUUAGACGUUAGGGCUCAGAAAAGGAGGCGUCAGAGGAGGCUCGUUCGCCGUCGGCAACGAGGGGUCCUUCUCGUUUUACUCUGUUUACUCCAGUGUGUUCUAAAAGUGGUAGCUAGAAUGCGUCCCACCGGUCGAACAUUAUGGAUCAAACCGAGAGAAUCAAGGUGGUGGGACAGAAUGCUUGCGGAAGCAUCAGAUACUGAUUGGAGAGAGAAUUUCAGGAUGUCAAGAGGAACUUUCAUGAGUCUGUGCAAUGAUAUACGACAUCUGAUCACGAAGAAGUCCACCCACUUGAGAGUCCCUAUAUCGCCAGAGAAGAGACUAGCCUUGACUUUAUACAGGUUGGCUGGCAGUGAAUAUUAUAGGACUGUCUCAAACUUGUUUGGCGUUGGUGUGUCAACUGCUAGCACUAUUUCCAAUGAAGUAUGUCAGGCAAUCGUUUCCCACUUGAGUGGUCAGUAUGUCCAGAUGCCACAAGGAGAUCGCUUGAAGAAAGUCAUUGAACGGUUCAGAAAUAUUGGUCAUGGGUUCCCUCAAAUUGGUGGAGCAGUAGAUGGGUCACACAUACCUAUUAAAAGUCCACCUCUCAAUCCAGCCUGUUAUAUCAAUCGUAAAGGGUUUCACUCAAUUAUACUUCAAGCUGUGGUAGAUUCAUUUCUUUACUUCAACGAUAUCUGUAUUGGCUGGCCAGGACGAGUCCACGAUGCUCGUGUUCUUGCUAACAGUCGCCUCUUUGCAGUUGCUGAACGUGCUGGAACAGCCUUUCCUGGAAGUGAGACUGUUGUCUGUAAUGGUGCUAGAAUACCUGUUUUAAUUCUGGGAGAUCCAGCCUACCCUUUGAAAAGUUGGCUAAUGAAAGCAUAUCCCGAGAGCGCCAAUAUGAGGGAGUCUGAAAAAAGUUUCAACUACAAACUGAGUUGUGCUCGAAUCGCAGUGGAAAGGGCAUUUGGGCAACUCAAAGGUAGGUGGCGAAUUCUGUUAAAUCAGCAAGAGACUGACAUCAACAACGUUCAAGUAGUCGUUAUUGCUUGCUGUACCUUACAUAACUAUUGUUUGGCACACAAUGAAAUCAACGAUGACUACAGUGAAACUGAAACAAUAUGUGAUCUUGAAUCAGGAUUGGCAGCUAUUGGAAGGAGAGAUAUGGCGGCAACAGCAAUCCGAGAUAAUAUCAGAGACUAUUUAGAUAUAUAGAGUUAAUUAACAAGAGGGCUGUAGUAGUAGUCUCACGUUUGAGAGUUCUGUGGGGGAAGGGAGGGGAGAACAUGGAUGCGUGUCCAGAUGUUCGAGAAUGCUGAAGGGUGGAUGGUUGGGAGAACAAACUCUUCUCUUCCCCACCCCAUGGCACUCUCAAAUGUCAGGCCACG